AUGGCUAAGCUCGCGCUGGCCGUCUUCCUCCUGCUGCUGGCCGUGGCGGCGUCCGCGUCGGCCGCCGGCGGGAGCCACCUGGACCUGGACCUGGGCUUCCUCUCCUCGGGGGGCCGGAGCCGGAGGGAGUGCCGCGGCACGGUGGGCGAGUGCCUCGCCGAGGAGUCCUCCCUGGACCUGGGGGAGUCCGCCGAGUCCCACCGCCGCGCGCUCUACGGCGGCGGCGGGUACAUCAGCUACCGCGCUCUACAGCGGGGCAACGUUCCCUGCUCCCGCCGCGGCGCCAGCUACUACAACUGCCGCCCCGGCGCGCAGGCCAACCCCUACCACCGCGGCUGCUCCUGCAUCACCCGCUGCCGCGGCUGA